AAGAUGGGCGGCAAGAUCAAGUCGUGGAAGAAACGCUGGUUUGUCUUCGACCGCCUCAAAAGGACCUUCUCCUAUUACGUUGACAAGCACGAGACCAAACUGAAAGGAGUCAUCUAUUUCCAGGCCAUUGAAGAGGUCUAUUACGAUCACCUGCGUAGCGCCACGAAGAGCCCCAAUCCCUCAUUGACCUUCUGUGUGAAGACUCACGACAGACUCUACUACAUGGUGGCCUCUGCCCCGGAAGCCAUGAGGAUAUGGAUGGAUGUUAUAGUAACUGGAGCAGAGGGCUACACGCAGUUCAUGAACUAAGAGGAGACUUGUGUACGGUGGCCCAGCAGUGAAACCAUCAUAAGGAGACAGCUGGGACACACUUCAAUAGACUCAGGCCUUAUCCUCUCCCAGUAUUGGGAAAUUGCCUUUUGUUAAGUUCAUUGUAUCUAUUUUUAAAUCACUUUACAAUAGACGUUUUUCUACUUGCUUCUGCCCGCAGAUUGAAAAAGACACUGUAUAUAACCAAUGUCAGACUUUCUGCUCAAAAGCCUUUAUUUUUGCCAAAUUGAGUGUUACAGGCUCUUGCUUGUGAGACCUACUUUGUGUAUCCGUGUCUAAUAGUUCACUUUUUUUUUUUUUUUACUCUGGAAGUGGAGAAUAAACCUCAUUGAAACCAGUGAGGAAGAUGAACUGUUGAGCCAUCGGCUUACUGCUGAACUAGAUUCCACUAAUGUUGCCAAGUCCCGAUGACAGCCAUUCCACUGAGACCAAACAGUACAAUGCUAAUCAUUCUGUGCCUUGAGGUCAUAAGCCUAGUCGGUUAUUGUCACUGAACAGUAAGUUCCAGCCCCCCUGUAGAUCUGAUUGGAUAGGUGGUGACGCCAGGUCAAAUUGCUUCCGCUUUAGAAUGUCAUGGUCUGGUAGCUUGACAUUGUAAAGAUUCUGAAUGUGUUUUAGGUUUGUGAAAUUGAGUUGUAUUUCUUUAUGGUUUAUAGUACCUCAAGUGUGAGAAAAGACCUUGAUAUAUUUUCCCCACACCGAAAUGGGUAUAACCAAAUGUUCAGUGUUAGAAAAAGGUUUUAUACUGUAAAAUGUCACUCAUUCAACCAGUAUUGUACAAAAAUACAUUUCAAAAGAAGUCUAAUGGCCAAGACACUUCAGUUAACAGUAUACAUCUAGUCUCUCACACUGUAGAACAUAGCUCCCAUCUGACACACCAUAUGUUGACUGUACACUUUCAUGUAUGGAUUCUCAAUUCAGAUCUAUUAAACCAGACUCUGUAACAUUU